AUGUCGACGACCAUCGUCCUGACGCUACCGGAUCCCUCCGACGUCCUAGCCCAGAUCCGCGAGCCUCUGGAUGCCUUGCUAGUCUUCGUCGAGCGAGGCGUUCGCCUCUGCACCGACCUCUUCCUCACCUGCCUGAGGUCGUGUGCGGGGCACGACAGGGCCAAACUUGCCAACCUGCCACUCCGCGUGCUGGUCACAAUCCCGCACAGUAAUGGCCCCAUCGUCAAGGACGGGGAGCAACAGGCUCUUCGAGGCUUCUGGCCAAACGGCGGUCAUGGCCUGUCCAUCUUCGCCGCCGACGCGCGCCCCUCGGCGUCCUCGUCAUCCUCGGCGUCCUACUCGUCGUCGCCCGUCGCGCGACGCAAGCCGUGCAAGCUCCUGUGCGAGGCGACGCAGCAGCAGAAGCAGAUCCUGCUCGACCUGAGCUGGCAAGAGGCCGAGCUGAGCAUGCACUACUGGUUCUUCAGCUACUCGCAUCCCACCUGCUUCCGACCCUCGGCGGCGUCGAGUGAGACCGAAGGCCUCGGCGCGGGUGGGCAGAAGGUGCGGUGCGCCACCGACGACGAGAAGAUGCUGGUGCUGCUCAAGUUUCUCGCCGACCUGCGCUUCUACCGCAAGCGGACGACCGUCGCCGAGUGGGUUGACCCGCGCCAGCUUGAUCCGCCCUUUAGGUCGGACAGGCACCUCGCCUCCUGCAAGCAGGCCGUCGCGAGGAGCAACAGCACCAGCUUCGCCGCCCGCGGCCCACUCACCAGCUACCGCGUCAACCACCACCUCAUCUACUUCCGAUCCCUCGCCAGGGACAUCCGCAAGGACCUGUGGUUCCCCGCAGAGGGCGCCUACCACGUCACCGCCUGGGCCAACGUGCCCGGACAGACGCCCGUCGAGCUCGGCAUCCUCGUCACGUCCCCCACCUUGCCGUCGCGCUCCUUUGAUCAUCCUCCCAGGCCCACCCUUCCAAAGGAGGGCUGA